AUGUCGCAACCAACUCGCACCUAUGGCGACAAUGGCGGUUCUGUUGCUACACAUCCUUCCCACAGCGUGGUCUACAUUCCUGUGACUUACAUUCCGCCUGCGGCAGCAGCUCAACCCGAGCAAACCACCUCUUCAAGCACUCUAGCGCCAAUCGCCGCAACAUCUCAACAAUCAUCCUUCGCCCUAGUUCCCAUCCAAGCCACAUCUGCUCAAGACACCGCUUCGACGACCAACAACAAUGCCGCGGAAAUCUCAACAAUCACUCCACCACAACCUAUGGUCCUUGUGCCCCUUUCAGCACUCCCGCCACCCACGUUGACACCCAAACGAACCUACGACCUCGUAUUCGUCGUCACACCCGGCAAGAAAAGAACCUACCACCGCGAACUCCAACUCAACGGACACCCCAUCUACACCAUUGAGCGCGACAAACCAUACUUCAAAGCCCGGCAGCUCAACUUCCUAGACUCCCAAACGCGCGAGUAUCUCGCAGGUGUCAGACUGGGCCAUUGGAACAGGAAAGUCUCGAUCUGCCUGGGCAAUCCAUACCAGAAUGAGGCAUACGUGAAGAUAUACCAGGAGCCACAGUUCAACUAUCAAGGCCGUGGGUACGAGUGGCAGAUGAUCGAGUCAACUCAGACGAGGACUUUGAUUGAGAUGGGUCAAAAUGACGGUAAAGUUUUGGCGAGGUGGAAGGUGGAUGAGGGUGUGGGGACUGUGCAGUGGAUGGUGAUACCAGAGAGGACGUUCGAGGUUUGGUGUUUGGCUGCGAAUUUUGCGUUGACCGAGGCGAGACACAGCAGUAUUGGUGGGAAUGGGGCGGGAGGCUGUGGAGGGGGUCCUUGUGGUGGUUCUGGCGGAGGCGGAGGUGGAGGGGGCGGCGGUGGAGGAGGGGGCGGAUGUUCGGGUUGUGGUGGGUGCUGA